GAGCAAAUUCGUGUACGGAUAGAAUGUGGCCACUUUGCGCCAGGGGCCGUACGACUGCCGGCUGAAUGAGCGCACGUCUUCCCUGCGGGGGCUUUCCUUAUUCCCCCCUCUCUCUUUCUCCAAGGCACUUCUUUCAAGGCUCUACUUUCGCUAGGGUUUGAUCGAUCGAGGAGCGUGUCUUGCGUUAUCGGGCAGGCGGCGCGUGGAAAUUCCGUGAAUCGGGAGCAUUUUCGUCACGAUCGACAGUGCUGGAGGCAUGGACGCCGCCAGUGAGACGACUUGUGGAUCUUUGCUGCGGGAGCUCCAGCACAUCUGGGACGAGGUCGGGGAGAGCGAUGAAGAAAGAGAUCGUAUGUUACUCCAGUUAGAACAGGAGUGUUUGGAGGUUUAUCGGCGAAAGGUGGAUCAAGCAAACCAUGGGCGAGCUAGGCUACACCGGGCUCUUGCUGAUGCCGAGGCAGAGCUAGCUGCGCUUGUGUCUACACUUGGAGAAAGACCUAUCAUUAUCGAGAAUCGUUUGGGCACGCUAAAGGAGCAGUUUGCAGCAGUUUAUCCCAUCGUCGAAGAGAUGAAACAGAAGAAGGAGGAGCGCAGUAGACAAAUUGCCGAUGUGAGGUUCCAGAUCCAGAAAAUUCGUGGAGACAUUGCGGGAGCUCCGAUCAACGAUACGCCGGUUGAGGAAGAUUUAACGUUGAGGAAGCUUGAAGAGUACCAGCUUCAGCUGCAGGCGUUGCAAAAAGAAAAGUGUGAUCGAAUGAACAAAGUCAUGGAGUAUGUGAAUCUCAUUCAUGACUUAUGUAGCGUUUUGGCUAUCGACUUCUUGAAGACAGUGGGUGAAGUACAUCCCAGCCUGGAGAGUCUAGAGAGCACUCACACAAGAAGUAUAAGUAAUGAGACGUUAGCAAAACUUCAAAACACGGCGCAACGAUUGCAGCAAGAAAAGAAGGAGCGCAUGAUAAAGCUGCAAGAAUUGGGAGAGGCUUUGAUUGAGUUGUGGAGCCUCAUGGAUACUCCGUCCGAGGAGCAGAACUGUUUUCAGCAUAUUACCUGCCAUCUUGCUGCUAGAGAUGACGAAGUGACAACUCCUGGAGCGCUUUCUUUGGACGUCAUGGAACAGGCGGAUUUGGAAGUUCAAAGGCUGAGCCAUCUCAAGAUUAGCAAGAUGAAGGAGCUUGUGCUGAAGAAGCGAUCAGAGCUCGAAGAUAUCUGCCGUCGCGCUCACAUGGAAUGUGACGAGAAUGUGUCGGAAGAGAAGAUCAGCGCUCUCAUUGAUUCAGGUAUGAUUGAUGCUGCGGACCUUCUCUCAAACAUGGAAGACCAGAUUGGCAAGGCGAAGGAGGAAGCAUUCUACAGAAAAGAGAUUAUGGAUAAGAUCGAGCGCUGGAUAGCAGCAUGCGAAGAAGAAAGCUGGCUAGAAGACUACAGCAAAGACGAGAACAGGUAUUCUGCCAGCAGAGGCGCACACUUGAACCUGAAACGUGCUGAACGUGCUCGUGCCACAGUCAACAAGCUACCGGCUCUUAUCGAGUCGCUAAAGGCCAAAGCGAGGUCGUGGGAAGAAGAAAGAGGUGCUCCAUUCUUCUACGACGGGGUGAGCUUACUCGCAAUGCUCGAAGAGUACAACCACUUGCGACGUGAAAAGGAAGAAGAGAAGCGACGGAUGCGGGAUCACAAGCGCAUCCAGGAGCAACUAAUCACCGAGCAAGAAGUUCUCUUCGGAUCGCGUCCGAGUCCGAUCAAGCCCAACAGCAUCAAGAAGACCGCGGGUCUAGGCGCAAGGACGACGAACGGCGCCGCCGGCGGCACUACGCCGGCCAACCGUCGUCUGUCCAUGGGAGGAGGAGGGGGAGGAGGCAGGAACGGACGCCUCGCAACAACACCAGCUCCAAAGCUCGAGGAUAACAACGCAGGUGCCCAUCCUCUGAGCUUCCAGCCCGACCGGAAGCCAUUGACGCCACUCGUCUACCAGCAGCAGCAGGCUUCCACGAGAAUCAUCAACUCUGCCGAUUGCUUUGCCAGUCCGGUGAAGCCGACCUCGCUAUCUCUAGGUGCCAAGCACAGCAACACCGGCAUCGCGAAUAACACCAGCUACACCAACAAGAGCAACAGCAGCACCACUUUAUACAAGAAGUGCGAGCCGCAAGAGGAGGUGGUGAUCACUCCAGUCGCCUCUAAGCAGGCCGAUCAAGGGAGCUUGAGAAGCGGUGGCUCGCUGCUCGUCCCCGAGAUUGGCUCGGUUCUUCUUCCACACAAUGCUCCAGGCAUUGUUCCAAGCAGGCUACCGCAGCAGGAGAUGGAGUACUCUUUUGAAGAAAGGAGGCUGCUGUGUCUAGCUAGGUAGGAAUCUCAUGUAUAUAGAGAUUAACAGCAAUUAGUUUACUACUUUGCCAAAGAUGAUCC